AUGGUGUCAAUGUUUGCAUUGUGGCAGUGUUGUUACACGCACUAUAUCUUCAUGGGAGUGUCACUGGACAGACACCGUGCCGACUCUGCACGCCCCAAGCUGUGUUUGCGGACGCCGCGUCCGAGGUUGCACCGGCCGGGGUUUGCGGGCACCGCGCCCGGGUUUGCACCGGCCGGUGGUUGCGGGCACCGCGCCCGGGGCGGGGCCGCCCGGUUCCCAACCGUCCGAGUGUCGCCCGGCCGCUCCCUCAGCUUCCCGCCGCCCGGCCGCUCCCUCAGCUUCCCGCCGCCCGGCCGCUCCCUCAGCUUCCCGCCGCCCGGCCGCUCCCUCAGCUUCCCCGCCCGGCCGAUCCCUCAGUCCGGCCGCUCCCUCAGCCCGGCUGCUCCCUCAGCUUUCCCGCCACGCCGCCCGGCCGCUCCCUCAGCCCGGCUGCUCCCUCAGCUUCCCCCCGCCAUGCCUCCCGACUGCUCCCGGCUCCUCCUGAUCCUCGGCCUCUCCUGCUGCUUCACCGUCCGGGGCUCCGCUGCCUUCGGCUGGUUCCUCCGCCCGGCGGCCGAGCCCGAGCCUGAAGCCGUGCCCACCCCCCGCACCGAGCCCGCCUGUCCCGGCCCCCGGCCGCAGCCCCCCUUCGAGAUGAGCCUGACUGACCAGCGGUUCGUGGCCGAAGCGCCCCGGCCGGAGUUGGACAGCUGCCAGCAGGCGGUGAUAGCUGAGUUAACAUCCUCCUGCAGUGAUCUUUCAGAAGAGGAACUUUCCAAACUUGGGGUGUCCUUAUUCAACUGCCAAGCAGCUGCUGAGCAUCGUCAAACCUACCUCUGCACAGCAGACAUGGCAUUGGCUGAAUGCACAAAGGAAAUGGAUCCUGACACCUGGAACGCGUACCACAUUGUCAGCAACCGGGCCCGCGCUCUGUGUUAUGCUGCUCGGCAGCAGGAUUUCAAGAGGAGGACAGAGAUGACUGUGAACUCUUUAGCAGCCACAGCUUCCAGUCAGUUGGAAGUCAUGAAAAUUCUGAAGGAUGGACAAAAAGAACUGCGGGAGCUGACUGCUUCUUCACUGGAGAAGGUUGUUAACAGCCAAAAUGUGUUGCUGCUGCAGCAGGAACAACUGCAGGGUGGACAGCAGGACCUGGAGUCCUCUAUUAAUGGAAACCUGGAGAAGUUGACCAAAGAAAAGGAGCUCAUUGCUAGUGGACACCAGCAAGUUGCAAAGCUGAUUGAAGGCAUCACACUAACGAUGGAAAACGUCAGUAAACAGUUGGCUCACCAGGACUUGCAGCUCCAGGAAAGUCACCAGGCAAUUCUAACUGACCUCUUGGAGGUCAGGGCACGUGCUCAUCAGGUCUACACCAAGCUGGAGUCGAACCUGGCCUUGUUUUCUGCCCAUCAGUCCCAGACGGCCAUCUACUAUGACCAGUUGAUGGAUAAGCUGCAGAAGAUGAACCAGACUGUUGGUGUGAUGAUGCACAUGAUCAGCCACCUGGAGAAAGGAGUGAGCAUGCGACUGAACAGCAUUCAAUACUUCCUGAACUGGACGGGGGCUAACUUGCACGUGAUCUACACCUGUGUUGUACAUGUCAGUUAUUUCCUGGCCACUGCCCUCAUCAUGACAUUUCUGCAAACUCCAGGCUUCUCCAGAGCAGUCUUAUUGGUCUUGGUAGUGCUAAAUGCCUUGUCUGAGUUUAACCGCUGUGCAUCCUUGGAUUUCAAGUGUCUCAGUCUGUUCCUGACUUUGACUGUGAUUGGUAACUGGAUGCUGAUUAAUUGCUUUGGCGCCCAGAAGAGGAAGUCUUUACCAGGUCGCCCAUCUCCUGUUAUUGUGCCUUCUGUGAGGCCAGGGUUUCUCACCUCGACUCCUGAGCGAAAGUGUUCAUUCUCCAGAUUGGGAGAAGAACUCGAGAAACUGGAUCACGAUGGCUUGCAAGGAAACUAUGCUUUGGAAAAUGCAGACUUUAUCAGAAGCAGCACACCAAUAGCUGCUCCUGGCGAGGCAGUGCACCAGCCUACAAAUCAAGUGGUGUACUCUUCCAAAAUUCCUGCAAGUUCAAUGCCUAUUCUGAAAAAAAGACUGGGACUGACCAACUCUGCUUGUUGGGAGGCUGCUGGGAGAAAGAUUGUUGCUGAAGACAAUCACCUCAGACAUCAUGCCCACAUGUUUGAAGCUGAAACCUUUAAUCUCAAUGAUUCUGCUGCCAGCAGUAGAUCUACCUCUCAGAGGCAACCAUGCAGUGGUAUUACCAGGACUGGUCUACCUUGCCGGAAUAAAGCAGCUGUAGGUCAGGAAUUCUGCAGAAUCCACAGUUUGGGACAGACUUCAUGCAGUUAAAUACAUCACCUGAAUCAUUAGUUCAUUAAGGAAAGCUAAUGUCAUGUUCCUGAAUUGCCAUUUCAUCGUUUAAAACCGACCAACUGGGAGAAUUACCCUGGCACUUCUGAAUAAUGCAAACUGAUGAACUUCAUUAAUCUGGUCCCUUUACCUCCUGUGUCCAAACAGUAAAACCAUCAGCAGAUUGGGUCUGAAUAAAAUGGCAGAACUGUGGUUACAUGAAAACUGUAUUGUGGAAGCAAUUGAGCUCAGCUAGAACAAGAUAGCUGAUGGUGGAACCUCUUCUCUCAAUGCUGACAAACCUGCAGUGUAUUUUCAGCAUACCUUUGUUUCAUUACUUGAUUUUAAUCCUUUUUAAGAAAGACAUUAAGUAUCAAAUUAAAAUGUACCUGUGGUGACUGAUUACUGCCUGCAGGUAAUCUGCACAGGGCAAUGUUUCAUUCUUGGGGAAAACCAGUUAGAUUCUUGCUGCAAUAACAUAUUUCCCUUACAGUGAAUUAAGAAUGAGGCUGUCACCUGUAGAAUAAUGCCAAAUGUACCAAUUUAACCACACAGCCAAGACCAGUUGGGUCUUGUACAGAGCCAGUGGAGUUUGGGCUGUAGAAGCAUCUUUCCCUGGUGUGUUCCAUCCCUUUUUAAAAUCUCUGAAGACUUGACUUGUACAUUAGUAUUUGUUUCCCUCAUUACCAAGCAAUUUAUUGUGUAAUCUUUCUAUCCAGAAUUGUUUAUACCUGUUGUACCUGUCAAGUGAAACCCUGCAGCAAUAGUUCACUAGACAAAACACCACCUGUAGAAAAUUGGUUGCUGGUGCAAUUCUCUGCUUGUUUUACUCCAAGUUCAUUUAUCACUCCCUUGCUGAGAUGGCAGGGCAUCCAGCUGUUCCUCACACUCUGAACCUGCUACUGCUGCUUGGUCAGCAGUCUGCUGAAUUCUUACUGGAUUGAAGAGGCUACAUUCAGGUCUAAGGGAAUAGACUGAUUUUAGGAGCUCUGUCUCACGAUGUAACUGAGUUUGUACAGAUCACCUCAGGAGAAAAUCUGAGUCUGCACAGCAAAACUUAUAAACUAAUAACCUCCAGAGGAGCCAGGCUUUAAAGAGGCGGUUUGUAUUUGGAAUAGACAUUUCUAACUGAAGAAUGUUUUCCUCCAGCAAGGACCAGGAAAGCAAUCAUGGAUGUUUUGAUGGCCUGGCACAUGGGCAGGGCAGCCUAGAUCGAAUUGUGCUCACUGCAGAUAGAUAUUUAAUUUUUGGCACUGUUGUCAAUCUAGCACCAAAAUUUGAUUAGACAAAAUUUAAUAGAAAUGUUUUUAAUAUAUGGGAUUAAAUCUACAUGAUUCCUCAGUCCCAUUGGCAUAAACAGUUUGAAGGAUCUUCAAGAUUUCUUGCUGUGUAUUUAUGGAGCAGUCAUGUGCACUUUCUUUUAUUUGAAAAAUGCUGGAUUGGCAUUGAAUAUGUAUCUGUCUAUACUGACUGAUGGAAUGAGCUACAGCUCAGGUGUAAUCUACCUCUGUCUGAAUUGCCUCUCAGCUAUUUGGUUUCUGUGGCAUUAAUAAAAUAUAGUCCAGUUUUCCAAUCUGAGUAAACUAAAAUAGGGCUCUCAGUUCCUGGUUGCCAACCUAAUUAGUUCCCAGUGCCCUAGGAAGACUGUCUGCUCCUUGUAUAAUUCUGCACAUGAUCUUGCGGGAAGGGAAUCAUGCUUUCUGAUGCCUAAUAACUUUUGCUGUAACUGGUUUCCUUUAUCUUUCUCACUUGUAAUGAUACAAGUUUCCUGAAAUUGCUACUGGGAUAAUAGGGAAGAUUGGUUUGGUAUUGUAGAUCAAUUCACCUUCAUUUGAGUGAUGAAUUUCAUUGCAAUUUAAACAUUUGGUCAGUUGGGUUUGACAAUGAGUUUUCCUGGACAAGUAUCAUGAAUGCUAUUUGUCCCUUAUGCACCUCAGUACUGGCCUGCAUUGUUUAAAUUGUAUUGUGAAGUCUCAUUUUAUUGCUAAUUGUAAGAAGUCUUUCACGACUCAAUGGAACCCUGGUUAUUGUAUCUGGCCUUGUGCAGAAUGCUGGGUGAAGGAAAUGCCAUCUGGAUGGUAAUUUUUUUUGGAGGCGCACUAAUAACUGGUCAGAUCUGGGUCUGAUGCAUUCUCAUUGCACAGUGCCAUUGGGUAUUUGGGCAAGAAUUCAGACUUGAGUUGUGAUUUGAGAUUACCUGAGCAUUUUGUAACCAUUUGCCACUUUAAUGCUGCUGCUGGUUGUGGGAAAAUGGUUGCUGUCAUGUUUUAAUUAAUAAAUGUACAUAAAUUUCU